GCAGGUGGUCUGACCAUGAACCAGGUGACUAAGGUACUGUGCUUGCAGGUGGGAUUGGCGCACCAGUUCGAGAACCAUGUUAAGGGCGACUCAAGAUUCGAGAUCAUUCUCCCCGUCACUCUUGGCCUCGUCUGCUUCCGUCUUAAGAGAGACAACGAGGUCAACGAGGCGCUGCUCAAGAACCUCAACGCUGGAGGUGUCAUUCACCUCGUCCCUUCCAAGAUCAGGAGCACCUAUUUCCUCAGGUUUGCUGUAUGUUCAAGUAUGACGGAGCCGUAUGAUGUUGACAAGGCUUGGGAGGAGGUGUUGAGGCAGACGGAGAUCAUUCUGCAGGAGUAAUGCCUCCCGCUUUUGCAGUAGCAAACUGAUUCCUCUCCAACAAUCCCUCCAUCAGAAAUAGAUUGUUCAUCAACCACUCCUCGAGCAGAAAUAGAUCACUACGUAACCACUCCACCUGCAGAAAUAGAUCACUCCACAACGAAUUUAAUAGCUGAAAUAAUCACUCCUCAACCACUUCACCAGCAGAAAUAGAUAACUCCUCAACUAUCCUGCCAGCUGAAAUAGAUCACUCCUCAACUACCAUACCAGCCGAAAUAGAUGACUCCUCGACUACCAUAUGAGCUGAAAUAGAUCACUCCUCAACUACCAUACCAGCUGAAAUAGAUCACUCCUCAACUACCAUACCAGCUGAAAUAGAUCACUCCUCAACUACCAUACCAGCUGAAAUAGAUCACUCCUCAACUACCAUACCAGCUGAAAUAGAUCACUCCUCAACUACCAUACCAGCUGAAAUUGAUCACUCAGCCACAUGCAAGAGUGGAAAUAUAAACAUUCUUAACCAUCACAGUAUCAGAUAUUGAUCAAUCCUCAAGCAUCCCACUAGCACAGUCAUCACUCAUCUAUCCAAGGUUGUAGGGAUUGGGCCUUCCAAUCCGAAUAUGGGCAGCCACAACCAUCCAGGUAGUAGUGAUGGCUGGCUUGACUAAGAUAGACUUUUUUUUAAGCCUUCCCUUUCAAGAUUUUGUUUUGUUUACACCUGUGCACAAGCGAAGCCAUCCAGAGACCGUCGCGAACGUACACAACACACCAGCGGAUGCAAGACAUUAAAUGAACUUAAUUAUUGCUGGUAGUCAAGAAAAUAUGAAAAAAAAUGUCAUAUGCAUAGGCUAUCUUUGUUUAUGUAUUGUGAUUUUGUUUUCAAGAAUAUGUAUGGCUAUCAGUUAUAAUAGACGUAUAACAGUAUCAGUAGUAGUAGCAAUGGUUGUAGUGGUAGUGGUAGUAGCAGACGCAGAAGUAUAAUAAUGGUAUUAUUAUACCAAAACAGUUCACACAUUUUCUAAACAUACUAACAGUCCUACGUUAAUGUUUAGGCUUUUCAAUCCUAUGCAUUUCUCAUCUUUCAGUCAAAUAACAAUGCUAUUAUUUAAUAAAUAUUUAUUAUAUUUCUUCCUGAAGGUUUUUUCCAGUUGUUCCAGCAAUGUUCACCUGUCCAGACUUUUGAGUGCUUCAGUCUUCCAGGAUUUAUGUUACAUAAAUGCCAGUAUGGCAGCUGGAAGAUCUGGAAGUGCCUUCAUUUUUGUUCUAGGCUCGAGUAUAAUAAUUUAAAAUCAAGUGUUAGUGACUAAAUCAUCAUAUGAGAACUAUGAAACAUGGUUAAAUGAUUAUUUUUACACCAUCUCUCACACCUGAAAAUGUAGGUAGGGAGUGGCGAGGCUUCGGAACUUUAUCCUUUCUUAUUUUCUAAAGUAUCGGUUAAUGUGUUGGAGCCAGCCACGGUAUUAUUAUUUACUUUCUCUAUAUUAAUUAAUCUUAACAGCUAGAUAUUUGAUAGCAGACAAAUGAAUUCAUUGGAUAAGAGCAGAGAAGAAUAUUUUUAAAUCAUAGAUCUGAAAUUAAAUUAAAAACUCAUUAAUGAAUUGUUAAACAUAUUAACCAUUAACUUAUCUACCACAAUCACGAAAAUAACAGAUAAUUAAGAGGAACGAUACACAGGGUACUUAGUUAUCAUCACAGCCGUGGGCUCAAGGCCUAGUCAAGACUGUCAUAAUAAGGUUGAAUUACUGACCCUGCCCAGGAUGCAAAUCCACAACAAGCUGACUAACUCUUGGGUACCUAUUUACUGCUAGGUGGACAUGGGUAUUAGGUGAUAGGAAAUUCCCCCAAUUAUUUCUGUCCCGCCUGGGAUUCGAACCCGGAAUUCUAGAUUGUGAGUUGAGAAUGAACCCUACUCUACUGCAGGGAUCCUUAAGUCUACUCAAAUUAAGUCUACUGAAUAUUCAGAUUUAUUUUCAACUAAAAAUGCCAAUCAUGGCCAAUUCAAACUGAAGUACCAUUCCCUGCUUCCCUAAGUAUAUAGUAUAUUAUAUAUUUCAUUCACCGUCCCAGUAGCCUCAUCAAUUUUAUGUUUUGAUACAAGAUGAUAUGAUGCUCCCAGUGUAACGUCUGUACUUAAGGGAACACCAGAUAAGUGCCUCCAGUGCUCGGUGAGUGUGUGUGCGCUUCCCUACAUGCACUCACUAAAACAGCACCCCUAUUGUUAUGAAAUAAAAUGGAUCAAUGA